AUGGUGAAGAACGGAAUAAUCGGCUAUGCUGAUGGAGCCUCUUUGAUUGCAGCUGGAAUACAUUCUGCUGAAGACCUCCUGUUCUUAACCCGCAGUGGUUUCGCCUUUGUCGCGGAGAAUGCACAGUUAUCUGAAACUGAAAUCAAAGGGAUUGUGAAGAGGAUCUUGCGGAGAUACUGUCCUGUCCCGCAAAGGGCAAGUGCUAUCUUCGAGGAUUGGAGAGAGAAAAACUCUAUUAUCCAGACUGGGAAUCCUCCAGGUGGAAUCUUCACCAGUGAAUUGACUGAGAUCGCGGGCCCUUCAGCGGUCGGCAAAACCCAAUUUUGCUUAUCGUUAUCCGACCUCGAAAUCAAGCUGCAGUCUGCGUUUGGCCUAUCAAGGAAUACCUCAGAUGGAUUGCACAUAGACUCCUUUUUGGUUAACCUCAAAAUGGUCGUUGUGGAUUCAAUUGGCUCCUUGUUUGCACCAAUUUUGGGAGGUGCUUCAAUGGUUGGUCACUGCAUGCUUCUGGACAUUGUUCAGAAAAUUCAGCGCAUGAUGACCAAGUACAGCAUCGCGGUCCUUGUAACGAACCACACCACGAUAGCGAGAGGUGGUAAUUCAGAACAUGUACAAGCAGCAAUGGGUGAAACCUGGUCUCGACUUCCCUGUGUGUCUCUGAUGAUCACCGCGUUCAGCAGCGAUGUCAGGCGAUUGACAAUUCGAAAAUCGAACAAGAAUGCAUCGCAAGCAUAUACACAUUUCCUCAUCACUGAGAUGGGACUGAGUGAUCUGAACGGUUAA